AUGAGUGGAAAACGUCAAUCUACAACUCCAGCUAAAAAGAAGAAAACAUGUGAUAAGGAGAACAACGAGGGGAAACAAGGAAAUUUGGAUGUAUGGUUGGAAAAAAUAAAACAAAACAAAUCUGAAAACCCUCAACCUCGGCAUGAAAUUACACAUUUAAAAGAGCCUAUGAUGGGAGUACUCAACCAGAAACCGGAUAAUGUCUCAAAUCUAAAAAAAGAGUCUGGAGAUCCAAGUAAACCUGUCUUCAGCUUUAAAUGGGCGAACAGGAAUAUCCGAGGAGGUCAAAUCAUCAGCAAACAAGAAUCUGACCCACUAAUUGAUGGUUUAAAGGUUUCAAAAAAAUUUCUGAAGAAAUACAACGCUUUAUGGUAUCUCCGAAUCCAUGCUUCGAAACUGGACGCAAUGGUAAAUCCACACGUACCACUUGGUGCUCUGCCUGAAGGGGAACAGUUUGAGCUUUGUCAAAGGAAGAUCAAACUUCCUAAAUUCCCCAAUUACACAGAAGCAUCAGAUGGGAUUCUAUUUCGUGUGGCUAACAAAGGCCAAACAGAAGGGGGUGCUGUAAGGACCAUAUUACACCAUGACUUGUACUGCCCAGGUGACAAGAAGCUGGGUGUCUUUGGAUAUAAGAACCAGACAAUAAAGGGCGCCAUUCUGGCUGAUGGGAGGUUUAAGAUCGGCUCUGAUAGUGGAUUCAUUCUUAAAGGUGGGAAAGGAGAGGAGGAAUAUGAAAAUCACAUGCAAUUGUCCUGUUUAAAAGAUAAUUACAAACAAUACACAUACACUAUAGUUUUUCCUCCCGGGGAGCAUUGUAAGCCUCCCGGGGAGCAUCACUCAGUGAUAGACGAUCAGGAGUCACAGGAGAAUAUGAUUUCUUACACCCCGUUACCUCAGUCCCAGUCACGGUAUGAAGAGUUUACUAACAACUUUAAGCAAUGUUAUAAGAAAAAAAAGUCCUGGGAAAUUGUAAAGGAGAAUUUCUCCAAUUAUAUCACAUCAAAGCCAAUUACCCUGGCUAGCACCCAUCGAUUACUCACCCAGCACCUAGAUUCAGUGGGAUUGAUCAUGUACAAGGACUCUGAUACAAUUACAGGGACCUGCUUCUUACUGACUGAGUCUUUGGUCAUCACCUGCAAUCAUGUGGUAAGAGAUAUUCUGAAAGAUACUGAUUCUAUUCAGAAUUCCCACAUUAUAUUUAAUUACGAGAGUGAUGCAGAUAAACAAAUAUGCUACCCCGUUAUUAAUGAAAUCACAUCUAACAUAGAGCUGGAUUAUUCCAUUUUACAAUUAGGCAAUCUUCCUGGUGAAACACCCCCUCGUGGUUUGUUAGAGUAUUUAGAGUUACCUCCUGCAAAUGGAGCUGUCAGUAUUAUUGGGCACCCUGAAAACCAGUUCAAAAUGAUUGAUUUGUGUUCGGUGAUCAGUUAUGGCUCGAGAAAUAGUCAGUUUCUACAUUUAGCAACAAAACACACAUUUCCGGAAAUCAGAGACCCAAACUUAGUAACAUACAAUACAUGUUUUUACUCAGGAUCCUCUGGCUCCCCAGUAUUUAAUGCCUUUGGAAAGCUAGUUGCGAUGCACACAGGGGGUUAUGUGGUUCACCUUUUCAAUAAGAAAACAAGCAUAAUUGAGUAUGGAAGGUCCCUGUUUGAAGUUAUCGUUUGUGCGGCAGGAGAAAUAAAAGAACUGCGCUCUGCUUUUAAGGAAUUAGCUGAGCGCAAUGAAGACCUAAAGAGAAAAAUCCAUGAUCUUCCUAAACAUGCAUUAUACCUACAGCCCAUUAUAAGGCGACUUCUGCAGCUUUGGGAAUCAGAAACUGAUCUCAUCCCAACAUGUGACAACAGCCAAACAUCAAUGGACACCGAUUAGAACAACAUCUGACUGUACACAUGCCCCAGAAUAUAGAUAUCUAUUUUCAAAUCUGUAAUAAUUACUGGGGA